AUGGCCAGCCGUACUACCGCCGGAGGACUUGGAUUUGCUGUCCGACAAAAGCAAGACUCGAAGUACAGUGAGGAUGAGGGUGAGCUCCUACUUAAAUGGAUCAAAGAAUUGUCAAAGGAAAACAUCAACACUUCUGGCGAACGAGACAAUUUCCUGAAUCUGCUCAAGGAUGGAACACUUCUUUGCAAAAUGGCCAAUGGUAUUGAGCCGGGAAUUAUAAAGAAAAUCCAGAAGCCCAUCUCAAACUUUGCCUGCAUGGAGAACAUCAAUGCUUUCGUAGAAGCCGCCAAGAAGCUCGGUGUCCCAACAGAGGAGACUUUCCAAAGCGUAGAUCUUUUCGAAGCUCGUGACCUGUUCUCCGUCUGCGUUACGCUGUUGUCUCUUGGCCGCAAGAAGAUGCUGUCGUCGUGCCGAUUGAUGAUGAUGAUGACGAUUUUCCAUGUUUCUUCACAACAAACAUGUCCCAUAUCUACUCUCUAA